CCCCCAUUCCCUCUCCCCAUUCUCCCCCCAACUUCCCAGCCGCCUCUCCCCAAAAAAUCCACCCCAGCGCCCCACCUCUCUCGCCUCCGCCGCCACCGCCCGCCUCCAUUUUUGCCGCCGCCCCGCCCUCCGCCGAGCCCCUCUUCACCUCCGCCGACGCCCCUUCUCGCCGUACCGCCUCAUCGACCGUCGAGAUCUGCCGCGCCUCUUCCUGCGUCCGCCUGCCGUACACCGUCGAGCGCCACCACGCCGUCCGUCGUCCAGCGCCGCGCCGCCCCAUCUCCUGCGCCAACCUCCUCGCCGCCUGCGUCGGGAACUUCCUCCUCGUCCUCGCCGCCGGGAACCUUAUCUGCAACCUCAACCGCCGCCAGGAGCUCCAACCUGCACGCCGCUUCCCCGCCGAACUUCACCAACCCUCUACUACCCCAGCCGCCAGGAGCCCGGCUCCUGAGCUCCACCGCCGUCUCCAGCAGGCAGCGAGAAGGUGAACCGCCAGAAGCCCACCUCUUCCCCCCCGUCCCCCUCUCUCUCUGCCUUCCCUGAGCCCCUUCUCUGUUCUUCACGAGGCCAUGUCCGAUCUGAUGCAUCUGUUGGGCUGGAUCUGAUGGGAUAUAGAUGGACCAGGAGGUCAAGGAGUCGAAGCCCUCCGGCGAGCCAAACCUGUUCCUGCAAUGGGGCAGCCGGAAGCGGCUUCGCUGUGUCAAAUCCCGCGAAGACGGCUCGCCGUCGCCGGCCCGGUCGGAUGCGCUCAGGCGCACCAUACCCCGGGUGAAUCGCCCCCUUCUGGGAGGCGACGUGGCGCAGUUUCGUUCACCACGCCGCCCCAGCACUCUUCACCGGAGGAAAUCCGAGGCGCAGGCGAGUGAGGCCAGGCAGUCCAUAUCCCUCUCACCAGAGAAGGACCGGUACUACUCCACCAGGGGUUCCCCAUUUCCCUUUGAGGGGAAUGGGUUUGAUUUCAGCGGUGGGGUGGAAGAGAAGGGCACCGCUGCUCUGCCGAGGUUCUUCAUCUCCUUGUCGAACAAGGAGAAAGAGGAGGACUUCUUGGCAAUGAAGGGCUGCAAGCUCCCUCAGAGGCCGAAGAAGAGGCCCAAGCUGAUGCAGAAGUGCUUGCUUACGGUGUGCCCAGGAGCAUGGCUGUCAGAUUUGUCGCACGAGAGGUAUGAAGUUAGAGAGAAGAAGAGCUCCAAGAAGCAGAGGGCGAGGGGACUGAAGGCGCUGUGCAUGGAGAGCGAUUCGGAGUAGAGGCAGAAGCAGGAUGGAUUCAUUUUUUGACUUGUGCUCGAGGCAGAGAAGCCGCACCUAGGUAGCAACGGCGGCGGUUCUUCUAACUAGGCAAUGCUCAGCAAGCAGCUAAUUUAGUGCCCGUUCCCCUUCUCCUCCUUAUUCAUCAUCAUCCCCUGUUUAAUCUCCAUGAUCCUUUCGUCUAAUUGUCUGUUCAUCAGAACUCUGAAGAGAUUGUUCGUCUGGAACCAUGAAGCAAAAUAGUGGUAGUAAUAUAUUAGAUCGUCAUCAUCUCUAA